UUCAGAAAAUGUAAUCUUGUGUGUAUUUGGCUCCCUCUAUAUCUCUCUGUAACUCGUUACCAAAGACUAGGCAGCUCACUGAACAAAAAAAGGCACAAGAAAACUUGACCCGAGUUGAUUUGCUCGGCCAAAACAUGUCCUGUCUUGUCCGUCUUUGCUACCAGAACCCCAUCGGCUCAAUUUCCCAAAAUGCAGCGCGCCGUAUCAAAACUCCUCUUCUCAAAUACCACCCAAUGUACCUAGAUAAUCAUCCGGCGUCCCAAGUCUUUGUAAACCCCAGGCAAUUUCCCAUCUAUCCAUCAUCUGUGAGGGUGCUGGCUGUUAUUCAUCUUCAAAUGCCCACGCCAAAGCGUUUUUGCCCUUUUUCUUUUUUAAACCAUUUCCCCCUCCUGCUCAAACGGAAAACGCACCAGCAUAGUCGCAGAUAUUAAAAACAACAGACUGGACAAGAGUCAAAUUAAAAAUAAAAAGGUUACAUCAUACAGUCUUCUAAACAGAGUUUCGCGCUUGCUGACAUCCUGUUGAGAAGAAGAAAAAGUAGAGAAGAAGAAAGAGGGAGGAAACGAUGGUGGUCCGGUUGGUAUAAUUAAGAGUCAGGCGAGUAUAUCAAUGUGUAUGUGUGGCCGUCAAGUCUAAUAGUAGAUUGCCUCGAUGAGGUAAAGUAUGCCAAAGAACAAAAAGGCAACGGCACCGCCAACAGUCAC